GAGCAAAGGGGCUGAGAAAGGCCGGACCGGGGUUGGCCUAGGGUAGCGUACAUUGAUUGGUUAUUUUAAGCAGGGAACUUUGCCGGCGUGGUAAGCGAUCUCCCUUACAUUGGCGUUCUUGUUUCGCUCCACACAAGCUUUGGCCUUCCCGCUUCUGCGCAGCCCGACCCGGCCAAAGCCACACGGCCUACCCCCGUGUGUCAUUUCUCUCCUUGUGAUCACUAUGUCCGGAUUCGGCUCUUUGCCGACCAAUGGCGUCGGCGCCGGAGCGAAAAAAGAUGCUUUUGCAGACGCAAUGGAAAGAGCCAGACAGAUUGCAGCUAAAAUCAGUGGUGAGAGUGGUCACAUGGCAAGCAACAAUGGAGGAGCUGAGGGUUUUCCAUUCGCCGCACAGAAACGAUCCCUUGAAGAAGCAGAUGAACCAGAUGCCAAGAAGGUAGCAUCACAGAAUGAAAGAGAUUCGUCAUUGUCCAUUGGAGCUCAACUGGCUGCCCUGGCUCAACAGAGUGUCAGGCCCGGCAUGAUGACAAUGACAGAGGAGUGCAGAGUGCCUGAUUCUAUGGUUGGUCUCGUCAUCGGCAGAGGAGGUGAACACAUCAACAAAAUACAACGGGAAUCUGGUUGCAAAGUUCAGAUUGCACACGACAGUGCUGGUCUUUCGGACAGAAGUGUUUCUUUGACAGGUUCGCCUGAUGCCAUAAAGAGAGCAAAGGGGCUCAUAGAUGAAAUCAUCUCAAGGGGACAUGAUUCGCCCAACGGGCAGACGGGUUCCAUGCAGGAGAUGGUCAUCCCUGCGGGCAAGGCUGGACUUAUUAUAGGCAAAGGAGGAGAGACUAUCAAGCAGCUACAGGAACGAGCCGGAGUUAAAAUGAUCCUUAUUCAAGAUGGUUCCCAGCCGCCGAAUGUAGAUAAACCACUGCGCAUCAUUGGAGACCCAUUCAAAGUGCAGCAAGCUAAGGAGAUGGUUAACGAGAUUCUACGAGAACGGGAAGGUUUUGGUGACCGGAAUGAAUAUGGCUCAAGAAUAGGGGGUAGUGGCAUUGAUAUAGGUGUCCCUCGCCAUGCAGUGGGGGUCAUAAUUGGAAGAAGUGGUGAGAUGAUUAAGAAGAUCCAAAGUGAUGCUGGAGUGAAGAUACAGUUUAAACCAGAUGAUGGCACCGGUCCUGAAAAAAUGGCACACAUUACGGGUCCUCCGGAUCAGUGUCAACAUGCCGCCUCCAUCAUCACAGACCUGAUACAGAGUAUCCGUACCAGAGAUGACGGGGGCCAGGGGGGCCCCCCUGGUGCAGGGAUGCCACCAGGAGGACGGGGUCGGGGUAGAGGCCAGGGAAGCUGGGGUCCUCCAGGGGGAGAGAUGACCUUCUCUGUUCCUGCUCACAAAUGUGGACUCGUGAUUGGCAGAGGAGGGGAAAACGUCAAAGCCAUUAACCAACAGACCGGUGCAUUUGUAGAGAUGUUACGUCAGCCGCUACCAGAUGGAGACCCAAAUUUCAAACUGUUCACAAUCAGAGGUUCUCCACAACAGAUAGACUAUGCAAAGCAACUUAUAGAAGAAAAGAUUGAGGCCCCGUUAUGUCCUGUGGGUGGUGGUCCAGGUCCAGGAGGCCCUGGUGGUUCCAUGAACCCCUACAGCCCCAACCCUUAUAAUGCUGGACCUCCUGGUGGUGGACCACAUGGAGGUGCACCAGGUGGUCCCCAGUACUGUGCUCAGAAUUGGGGGGACAGCUACCAGCAGUGGCAGAACCCAGGGCCACAAGACCCCAAUAAGGCAGCGGCAGACCCAAAUGCAGCCUGGGCGGCCUACUAUGCACAGUACUACGGUCAACAGCCAGGGGGCACUAUGCCAGCACAGAACCAAGCAGAUCCUGGAGCAGCAGGGGACCAGAACCAAGCUGAACAGACAGCUGGCGGUCAGCCAGACUACACAAAGGCUUGGGAGGAAUACUACAAAAAGAUGGGCAUGGUCCAGCCUGCAGGAGGGCCAGUGGCUGCUCCGGGAACUGCGGCGGCACCGGCUGGGGGAGCAGCAGCGGCAUCUGGUGGCCAGCCGGAUUACAGUGCAGCCUGGGCAGAAUAUUACAGACAGCAAGCUGCCUACUAUGGGCAGGGAGGGCAGGCCCCUGGGCAAGGGGCUCCACCACAGCAGGGGCAACAGGCACAGUAAUGAAGUUUUGUGUGGGUGGAUGGUUUUGUCGGCUCUUGGGACUUCUGCUGGUGGAGAUUUCCGUUUUUUGCUUCAACAAUUCAAGACCAUUAUUGAACCAUCUACACUUCUUUCAAAAUCUUAUUUUUUAAAUUUGGUAGUUGACUGACUUGGUUUUUUUUCCCCCCAAAUGGAAUAAGGGAGAAAGUUUUGCUCAUGCAUUGAAACAACGCACUAAUUAAUUAUCUCGAUAGAAUUAGUUAUUUGUUUUCCUUAUUUCACCCACAUCUUCUAAUACAUCUUUGUUUUCAAAACUAUGAACUAUAAAUUAUGAGUAUCUUUACUGCAGAAGGUCUACAAUGCUCACAUUCGGGUUGAUGAGUUUCACUUUUAUUUUGAAAUUCCGUUUCUUCUGGUACAUUUUAAGUCACGUUUAAAAGUUGUCUGUUGAAAUUGCAGUUGUCAUGUACCCUGCAAUUUUUAUUUUUAAUUUCAUUCACUGUAUUUUUUUCCCCGGAGGGUACUGUGCAUGUCUGUAUGCUACUUAGCAGGAGUACAUGUGCAGGUUUACUGUAAAAUGACAUAAGUUCACCUACUGGCUGAUUGUGUGUCCCAUGUGUGGAUGUGUCUUCCCUCUGGUUACUUAAACAGUAGCUACAACUUAAUCGAAAAAGGAUUCCCCCUCCCCCAGUAGGCUCUAUCAUUGUAUUUUGUUUAUUUUUUUUUUACAGCUUGUUUUUAAAUACUUAAAAAUAAAACAUUCGGAUCUACAA